CUCCGAAGGUGGAAAUAUGCGUCACGGGCCGACGUGUGAAGGCUUGCACAUACGCCAUUGGCUUGAAAAAGACCUUCGGUUGGCGGAUGGGGGAAAAAGGUGCUAAAGGAACCAACCAACGCCCCGUGUUUGCCCUUCCAAUAGUCGCAAGCCCGAUAGUAGACACCCGAUGAUGGUAAGGCUGUGGCAUUUGAAUACGUCUGAUAAAGGGGACCGGGGAUGUCGCUGAUUGAACACCACUUAUCGUAGUCUUCCAGCGGACCAGUCCGGCGCAGUCGUGUGCAGUAGGUCCCUCUCGACGGCAGCACCGCACGGCCCAUUCGUUGCGCUACCGGCGGUCGAGAAAGUUGAAUGUUUGAAAGUGCAACCGUCGUCGAUCCGUGGUCCCGCGGUCACCAGUGCUGGUGUGUUUUCUUGGGAAAACUCACGCACUUCAUCACCUGAUACUUUAGUUUUGAAUUCUAGUUCUACUACAGAAACAGACAAAGUGGUGCCAGCAAACAAGUGGCAAUCGAUCGAUGAUCCAGUAACACUUUGAGGAUUCUGUGCCACGGUGUAAACGAAAGUUCAUCCGCAUCAAAUUUUACUGUACAUCCCCGGUGCGCCAGAAGUGCAGUUCGUGCAGCGGUUGUGCUGCCAAACAAAUUCCAGUGCAGUGGCUUUCCGAGAGUUAGUGUAGUGCGGUGCGGUGUCCGUGACACAUAAGUGUAUCAGCCAACUGAUUGCAACCAGUAGCCGCGGCAGCAAUUUGUCCAGAAUUUAUAGAAGCGGUUGAAGGCAAACCAAGAAACGGCAGCAUAAUCAAAAUGCCUUCGGAUGAAGGCAACAGUUCCAACCAGUCGUCGAGUGGUGACACGAAGCGUAAAGUCAGCAUCAUUACGGAACCUGUCGUGGAGCGCCUAGGACACGAUAAUCAGGGAUUCGAGCAGAACAAACGAAAAAUAUCGCAACAAUCGCACCACUCCGAGGAUGGACCAGUCCGGCGGAAAAGUAAUAUGCACAAUAACAACUUUGACACCGCGUCCAUUCACAGUGAUCGGUAUAAUGGUGAAGCUGGAGGACGCGCCAAGAAGCAAUCCUUCUCCGAAGCCUUAGGCAAGAUCGAACGGGACUAUGACAACUCGCGGCUGGAGCAAUCGUGGAUCUACUCGUUAUGUAUGCGGUGCCGCGUCGAGUACACAACGCCUUCAUGGGAGCCUCCCGGCUGGCAAAAGGUGUGCCCCUACCCAUUGUGCCCGUCUUACCGACAGUUUGCCCGAAUCCUGUCCAUCAUUCUUAUAGGAGUAUUACUCUGGGUGACGGCUUACGUAAUAAUCGGCGAUACUGCCGCACCCGGUGGCCAACUGUUUCAGCUCGUCGUGCUUACGGUGGCCGCUAACUUUGGAGGAUUCAUCAUCUCGCUUACGACGCUUCCACGGUUGAUAGGAAUGUUGCUGGUUGGAAUACUAUUUCAGAACGUUGGAUGGGUUAAUCUGGACGGUGAUUUCCAAAUCGUGACCGCCGAGCUGCGCAAACUGGCCCUGGUCAUCAUUUUGGUUCGUGCUGGUCUCGAGAUGGAUCCGACUGCGUUCAAGAAAAUCUACAAAACCAUCCUGAAGCUCGGCCUCAUCCCGUGGAUCGUCGAGUGUUCGCUGAUUGCGGUCUGCGCACGGUUCUUCCUGGAGCUGCCGUGGAUGUGGAGCAUCCUGCUCGGUUCGAUUGUCGGAGCCGUUUCACCGGCAGUGGUCGUGCCAUGCUUGUUUCGACUGCGUACCAAGGGAUACGGCGUGGUGAAAGGUAUCCCUACGCUGAUUAUCGCUGUGGCCGGUAUUGAUGAUGCGGUGUCAGUCGCUGGGUUCGGUAUUAUCUCGAGUAUCAUGUUUAGUACGCAGAGCUUGGGCCUGCAGAUUGCGCAGGCACCGGUUUGCAUAAUCGGUGGGCUCGGAUUCGGCAUCGUUUGGGGAUUCCUUUGUAAGUACGUACCGGAACCAGGCGAUGCAUACGUGGUGCCCAUUCGUACGCUGAUGCUGUUCGGCGGUGGACUGCUGGCCGUGUUUGGCAGUGAGAAGAUCCACUUCGAAGGAGCCGGUCCUCUAGGCGUGGUGUUUGCUGCCUUCACUGCCUCGUACUUCUGGUGUGGCCAGGGAUGGGAGCUCGAGGAUAAUCCUGUCUCGACGGCAUUCGAAAUCUUCUGGAUGAUCUUCGAACCCAUUCUGUUCGGUAUUACCGGUGCUUCGAUUAAGAUUGCCGAACUGGAUCCUCACAUCGUAUCGAUCGGUGUUGGUAGCAUUUACGUGGUGGCAAUUAUACGCAUCCUUACGACAGUUGCUAUUGCAUUUGGUGAUAAGCUGAACGUUAAAGAAAAGAUUUUUGUAGCAAUCUCGUGGAUGUCGAAGGCAACGGUGCAAGCUGCCUUGGGACCUGUUGCACUGAAGACGGUAAUGCUGAACGAAAAUCGAACGGAGGAGGAAGUGCACUAUGCCGAGCUGGUGAAAAUGAUCUGUAUUCUGAGUAUCAUUCUCACGGCUCCACUUGGUGCCAUUCUCAUAUCGGUGACUGGAACAAAGCUACUAAAGAAAACCAAACAGCAGCUCGAACCGAUGGAAGGUAAUGCCGGCUGGCGAAGAAGUCACCGUCCGUCGUUGCACGAUAUCAGUAUCAUCGACGAGGAAGAGGAACGGGAAGACAUCGAGGGUAUUGCAGAUGAAGAUACGGCCGCCAACACUCUUUCGAAUGCCCAGACGGCUUCUGCUUUCACCAUUACGAAGUAGUGCGAGUGUCAAGUGAGCUGUUUCUUUUCACCAUUGUAUAAUCUAACAUAAUGAAAGCUAUUACUAUCGAAUGCGGAAGAACAGCAAAGCGAUUGUAAGUUCUUUUGUAGUUUUUAGAUGUUGGACCGAGGCGGACAGUGCUGAUGUUACAGUAGGAUAAGAAAGUGGCAAAGUUGGACGACUUUACUCGUUCGUAGCUUUCUGAUCAUUUUGUAUGAAAUAAUCUUAAAUAGUUACGAUCAAUUAAAUUGCGUUUUUCCAAAUGCAAACGAAUUUUUAGAAACAAUAUCCACAAUCAUUCCGAUAGCUGUGCAUACAACAACGGUAGCUGCGAAGCCGCGUGAUUUAUCACGCGGAUCGACCUGUAGAUCCUAUAGUUGUGGGCUCUGAAAGAAUGGAAAUGAAAGAUAGUAAGACCUAUACAUAGUAUGGAACGAACAUACGACCCUUGAGGUUCCUUAGCAGUGAUAUUUCUUGAGUGCGUGUGUGUUAAACGCGGACGUUAGCUUGGCAUGGGAACGGAGUGUACUCGCAGGCGUGGAAAUAGUGUAGCUCACUGUUAAAGCUCAUAAUACUUAUUAAAGUGUAUGAAAUAAUGUAACGUUAAA